CCCCCGGGAAGGCAGCAGGGGCGGUUGAGAAGUGAAGUCUUGGCCAGAGUUUGCUUCUUGCCAGGAAAUCCGCGGCGGCGGCGGCGAGUCCCGGCAGAGCGGAGCCUCCGGGCUGGCUCUUGGCUCUCCCUCCGCGAGUCCCGGAGAGCGGGAGCCGGCCCUGGGCUGCGGUACCGUGAGCGGUGUGCGCCCCGGGCAGCCGCGGCUUCCCGCCACUUCAAAUAAAUAGCUGGAAAGCACACUCAGCAUCCAGAAGAGAAAUAAGCUUAUUGGUGUUGAGCUGUCUGUCCCCUGUGUCAGCAUUCCGUGCUUUAUGACAAGAAUUAUUGGGAACAGAAAGAAGGUGGUUUGUAACAUAAGAAAAACAGACAUUGGCUUUAUUCAGAUACACCCCAGUGUAUUAAAGGAAACCCAACCAUUAAUGGAAGACUAGCUUAUGAGGACACAGAAACUACACCAGUUGAUUCAAGAUGGGAACCACAAGUGAUGAGAUGGUAUCAGUGGAACAGACCUCCUCCUCCUCCUCCUCCCUAAACCCCCUGUGCUUUGAGUGUGGCCAACAGCACUGGACCAGAGAAAACCACUUGUACAAUUACCAGGAUGAAGUGGAUGAUGACCUCGUCUGCCAUAUUUGCCUUCAGCCUCUGCUGCAGCCACUUGAUACACCCUGUGGACACACAUUCUGCUACAAGUGCCUCAAAAACUUUUUACAAGAGAAAGAUUUCUGUCCAUUAGACCGGAAGAGACUUCAUUUCAAGCUGUGUAAGAAGUCUAGCAUUCUGGUUCAUAAACUUCUAGACAAGUUGUUAGUUUUGUGUCCAUUUUCUUCAGUGUGCCAAGACGUAAUGCAACGCUGUGAUCUGGAGGCACAUCUUAAAAACAGGUGUCCUGGAGCUUUUCAUCGGAGAGCUGUCCUGGAAAGAAGGAAAACUAGUAAAACUCAGACAGAUACUGAGAAUGAAAAUGGAUCCACCAUAAUAGAUCUUCCAGGUACUUCAUCCCCAGAAACGGAUUGCUCAGGGCCAGGGACAGGCCCAGGACCUGCCGAACAGAACUCAACAUCCACAUCUCUUCCCGUGUGGAGUGAGGAGCCAGGUCUGGACAACCCUGCCUUUGAUGAAAGCACUGGAGCUGAUGCUGCACAACAGCCACUCAGUUUACCAGAAGGAGAAAUUACCACAAUUGAAAUACACCGAUCUAAUCCAUAUAUUCAGUUAGGAAUUAGCAUUGUGGGUGGCAAUGAAACACCACUGAUUAACAUUGUCAUCCAGGAAGUCUACCGAGAUGGAAUCAUUGCCAGAGAUGGGAGACUCCUUGCUGGAGACCAGAUUCUUCAGGUCAACAACUAUGAUAUCAGCAAUGUGUCCCAUAACUAUGCCAGAGCUGUCCUUUCCCAGCCUUGCACCACUCUGCAUCUGACUGUGCUGCGGGAGAGGCGCUUUGGCAGCCGAGCCUACAACCAUUCUGAUGGCAGCACUGCAAGGGAAGAGGUUUUCCAGGUGGUUCUUCAUAAACGGGACUCUGCUGAACAGCUCGGCAUUAAACUAGUCCGAAGGACAGAUGAGCCAGGUGUUUUUAUUCUUGAUCUACUAGAAGGGGGGCUGGCAGCCCAAGAUGGCAGGCUCAGCAGCAACGACCGGGUACUGGCCAUCAAUGGGCAUGACCUGAAGCAUGGGACUCCAGAGCUCGCUGCCCAGAUUAUUCAGGCCAGUGGAGAGCGGGUGAGCUUAACUAUUGCUAGGCCAGUGAAACCCCAGCCUGGCAACUCCACCCGGGAAGCAGGAACUCAUAAUAGCAGCCAGCACCACCCACAGCUGCCCUCCCACAGCAGACCAAGUUCACAUAAGGAUCUAACUCAGUGUGUUACAUGCCAAGAAAAACAUAUUACUAUAAAGAAGGAGCCACACGAGUCUCUCGGAAUGACUGUUGCUGGAGGCAGAGGAAGUAAGAGUGGCGAACUGCCCAUCUUUGUGACCAGCGUGCCACCUCAUGGCUGUCUCGCACGAGAUGGCAGGAUCAAGAGAGGUGAUGUAUUGCUGAAUAUCAAUGGUAUUGACUUGACCAAUCUAAGUCACAGUGAGGCUGUGGCUAUGCUGAAGGCCAGUGCUGCCUCCCCAGCUGUUGCCCUCAAAGCAUUGGAGGUCCAGGUUGUCGAGGAGACAACUCAAACCUCAGAAGAGCAGCCAAGUGUUUUCAGUGAGAAUGAGUACGAUGCCAGCUGGUCUCCAUCAUGGGUCAUGUGGCUUGGACUCCCAAGCGCCCUCCACAGCUGCCAUGAUAUAGUGCUACGAAGAAGCUAUUUGGGAAGCUGGGGCUUUAGUAUUGUUGGUGGAUAUGAAGAGAAUCACACCAAUCAGCCUUUCUUCAUCAAAACCAUUGUUUUAGGAACUCCUGCUUACUAUGAUGGAAGGUUAAAAUGUGGAGACAUGAUCGUAGCUGUAAACGGUCUAUCAACUGUGGGCAUGAGCCACUCUGCUCUCGUUCCCAUGUUGAAGGAACAGAGGAACAAAGUCACCCUCACAGUCAUUUGUUGGCCUGGCAGCCUCGUAUAGCAUUUAUGAAACUGGUUUCCAGGCUUGUUUCUUCCAUUUUAGAUUUUUGAAAGGAACACCUUUGGUAUCAUUGUGUUUCUGCUUAUUAGGAGCCCUUGGCACAGUUGGCAGGCAUGGGGUCAAAAACCACUAAAGUCAUUCUUUUAUGUUUAUUUAAAUUGUCUCCUAAAGUUAGCUACAUUUCUGUUAGCCCAAAAAUAUCCUUCCACUAACCCUGGUGUGGUACACUUUGAGAGUACAUACAGUAAUGAAUGAAGCUGCUCAAACUGUGACCAAGCCAGUUGAGUUAGGAUACGUGGUGGCUGUUGGUUUUCAGUGCCUCAGUCGUAGGGUGAAUUAUAUAUCCCCCCAGACCCAUGUCAGAGCAGCCACUAGCAAUAGUGCUUACUGCCAUUGCCACAAACAACUUCUCGAAGGAAUACGUCUUAAGUCUGGAGGUGUCGCAUUGCUCAUUUUUCAUUGGUGCCAACAUUUCAAAACUCUAAACUACUUAUAAAGUGAUUUUCUGGUUUAUUUUACUUCUACUUUAAUCUCUCAGUACUCAUAAAUGAUGAAGACAAAUCUGACACCACUAAAGAGGUUUUUUUUUUUUUUUUUUU